GAAGAAUAAUCCUUUUAUUCAUUUAUAGUCAAAAUUAUAAAUUGCUCUUAAAUCUGUACAGAAAUGUGUCAGCCGAUCUGGCAUCUAGAGCACACAUCUAAUAAUCCCCAUCUUGGUUAGCAUCGCUGUCACUUAGUGGUGCCGACCCCAUUAUCAAGGAUCGAAGCAGGGCCCUCGAUCGGGAUCGAGGAGGACUUCAUCACACCGAUGAAGAAGGUAGAAAGAGGUGACUCCACUCUUCAUGCUCAUCGGCUCACCUGAAAGCUAAUGAAAAUGCUAGUAUUGCCAUCCAAUUGGGUGGAGAACAAAUCUUGUCCUCUAGAUGAGGUUGUGAACACCUCGUACGGUGAUCUUCUCAGGCUGGUUUAUGACAUCACUAUCCUCAGUGAGGGUCUCAUAAGAUUCAACCGGGUGAAACAAAAACUUGAGGGGAAACCUCCAAGCUGCUGAGGCCUAAACAAAAGCUGUCGAGGAGGCCAAAAAGGCAUCCGAAGAGGCCAAGAAGACAGUCGAGGAGGCAUCUCAGGCCAAAUCCGAACUCCUAGCGGCUCAGGAGAGGAUCGAGGCACUUGAAGGCUUCAUUGCUAUGGUGCGCAGUGUUGUUGAGAUGUGGCAGCAUAAGACUACCAAGCUCAAGGAGGCUUUGGAGCUUGGUGAGGCAACAAUCAAAGCUAUUGAAGACAAGGUGAAGCUCGUCGAGUCUCGGGUGGAGAUUGAGAAGUCAAAGGCGAUAGUUGAGGCCAAGUUGAAGGCUAUAGAUGACUUCAAAGCUUCAUCGAAUUUUGAGGCUGAGGUCAUGGAGGGGUCCACGGUUGUGUACAUGUAUAGGUUCCAAGCUUGCAAGGCUCUGGUCGCUCGAUUAUUUUCUAAAGUCGAUGUCGGUCGGCUUAACCCAGAAGCCAACAAAGGUGAGGCUGAGGAGGAUGAUCAAAAUGUCCAGGCCGCCCUAGCUAUCAAGGUCCCUAUCGUGCCUGUGAUCGAGCCCAUUACUAAGCCCGUGGUUGAGGAUACUGCUGCUGCAAUCAAUUCCAAUGCCGAAGUAAUGGUCGAGCAAGCUACUGAGGCCUUAGUUGUGGAUAUUGAAAAUCCUUGACUUGUAUUUUUGCUUUCGAUCUUUAAGUAAUGAAAUGAACUUCUUCAUAUUCUGAUGUUUUUCUUGUUUCGACCAUGUACUAACUUGAUAAAUUUUUCGAACUGGUGUUGAAGUAAAGUUUGCCAACUCGAAUAGUAGUCCGAGGUCAAUGUCCUUGGCAAAAAUCCGAAGUAGAUUUUAUUGCCUGUCCAGAUCGGCUUACAAUGAUCUGGGAUUGUAUCUUUGACCGAGGUUGCUUUAUCUGAAGUUGAUCUAAGGACAAUCCUGGAUAGAGAGUUUUGCUAAGUCAAUAGCAUCAUUCUCAUCCGAUCAUUUGAUAUGUAAUAGGAAUGCUCUCGAUGCAUAAUCUUACGGAGGUCCUAACUUGGAUUAGGAUAUCUUCUUAUCAUCGAUACUUAGCCGAACACUAAUUUGGAGGUCUCAGUUGGAG